CAGGGCCUUUCAAGCAAAGAAUGUGCUGCCCAAGGGACAUAGCAGCAAAUCAAUUUAAACCUCUUUUGCCACUCCAGAUGGGAGCUUAUUUGCUAUUAUGUCAGAAUACAGAUGCGGCAGAGAGUAAGCUAACCGGAUUGCCUUCCCAGAGAUCACGAAGACAAGCUGGGAGACCUAUUCCCAUUGAUUGUCACCUGAGCACAUGGUCACAAUGGACAAAAUGCUUUCCUUGCCAAGAAAAACGAUUCAGAUCAAGGCAGCUGGUACAACCAGCUAAAUAUAAAGGGAGGAUGUGCAAUGGUAAUCUUUGGGACAGAGAAGCAUGUGUCCCGAAAGAAUCAUGUGUGGUGGAUCAAAGCUGUGGAAAUGACUUUCAGUGUCAGGAGACAGGACGCUGCAUUAAACGUCACCUAGUAUGCAAUGGAGAAUUAGAUUGCAGGGAUGGAUCUGAUGAGGAUAAUUGUGAUGAUGCUGUGAGUACAUGUGACUAUCAGGAUCCAGUCCCAGGAAUUGAACUAGUUUCAAGAGGAUUCAACAUCCUUACACAAAAUCCAGCACUGUUAGUCUAUGACCCUAAAUAUUUUGGAGGCCGGUGUGAAACUGUUUAUAAUGGAGAAUGGCGAGAGCUGAAGUAUGAUUCAACAUGUGAACAUUUGUAUUAUGGAGAUGAUGAGAAAUAUUUCCGAAAGUCCUACAAUGUUCACUUAUAUCAAUUUCUAGCUCAGGCUGAUACUGGUGUCUCUUCAGAGUUUUAUGAUGAUUCUGCAGAUUUACUGAGGGCCAUCAAAAAAGACACCUCUAGAAAUGUUGGAUUUACAGUUGGCAUAGGAGCUGCUAGCAUUCCUGUGUCUCUGGAACUGGGCUUAACGUUAUCAAAGGCUCAAGGGACCCUGAACAAUUUUACCCAAUACAAAGAAAAGAAUGUAGGAUUUAUUCGAGCUAAAACCAAAGUACAAACAGCUCGUUUCAAGAUGAGACGUGAUAAUAUAUAUUUGGAUGAAGAUAUGUUGCAGUCUCUGAUAGAGCUUCCGGAGGAAUACAAUUAUGGGAUUUACAGCAGAUUUAUUGAUGAUUAUGGCACCCAUUUCAUGACAUCUGGAACCAUUGGAGGCAUCUUUGAAUACAUCCUUGUUGUGAACAAAGACAAAAUGAUGACCUCAGAAGUUAAAAAGGAUUAUGUAAAUAGCUGUUUUGGGGCAUCGAUUGGCUUAAGCUUUCCAUUUCAAGAAGUUCUGGAAAUAGAUGCCAAGGUGGACUUCAAUAAAUGUGGCUCAGAAGGAGGCAUGGGCGAAGACGGCAAUGAAAAAAAGUCAGUAGUAGAAGAUAUUAUUCCUCGGGUAGAAGGUGGAGAUGCCUCAUCCAUUGCCAGAAUCAUGGAAAAUAGGAGCUCCAUAGCAUACCGCUACUGGGGGAGGUCAUUAAAACUUAAUCCCACCAUUAUUGAUUUUGAGCUGCAGCCCAUACAUGAAUUAUUGUCUAGGACAAGCCUUGGUAAUAUGGAAACCAAGAGGAGAAACUUGAAAAGGGCUUUAGAUCAGUAUUUAAUGGAAUUCAAUACCUGCCGGUGUGGUCCCUGUAAGAACAAUGGUGAACCAAUCCUGCUGGGAGCUACCUGUGUUUGUGAGUGCAAGCAAGGCUACCUAGGCCCAGACUGCGGAGAGACAAAGAGGACAGGUUAUCCAGUCCAUGGUAGCUGGAGUUGCUGGACUCCAUGGGCAGCUUGUGAAAGGGGAACUAGAAGCCGCACAAGACAAUGUACAAACCCACCUCCUGAAAAUGGUGGAACAGCAUGCCCAGGCAGGAAUACACAGACAGAGAUCUGUUAAUAACUAAUAAUGUUACGAGUGGAUUAAUGGAUUAUGCUACCAGGCAGGAAAAUGUUGCGAGCUUGAUGCAAAUUGAGUCAAAACAAGUGGGCCAUAAAUAUUGACUUACCUUUAGGACAGUGGAAAAUCCCAGUAGCAAGAAUAUACAGAAAAAGAAAUGUAAAUGUUUUGUACACUUUGUACACCAGAAUUGUAAUUGUAGUAUUUUUUUUUUUUUGAAUGCAGAAGUCCAUCAUAAGGAAGACAUUUUUGCUCUGCACAAAAUUUAAAACAAAAAAAAAUGUUAUAUUGCUGGUCUUGUAAUAUAUUACUGACUAACAUGUUAGGACUAUUCAGUGAAUUCAUCAUGUGAAUAUCUAGUGUAUGAUACAAAAUAGAAUGUACUUCUUUCCCAGAACUGUCUAUUUUACUACCAUGGCAACAAAAAAAUUUUUUUCUGCUACUGAACAAAUUUGUUCCCAAAAUAAGAUGUAACAAUUGGGUCCAGCAUCAUCAUAUGAUAUUUUUCUAAAAUUCACUACUAUGGCUAUAAUUCAAGAGUUGAUCAUUACAAUACAGGCUUUUUCUUCAGAUAAACAAAUUUCUAAACAAAGCAGUCCCUUUGGUAUAACUAAGAUGAUAAAUUGCCUCUGGAUAUAAAUCCUCUAUAUAUUCUGUCACUUAGGUAGUCUUAGCUUUUUAAACAACAGCAAUAGUAAUACUUGGGUGUAACACUUUUCAAACUUCAGGAGUUGUAAAAAUCACACCUGUAGGUCAGAAUCCAGGCAACUGUUACAGCUACCAAAUCCAAAGCACAAAUAUUAAUUCAGAGAUCCAAGAGAUAAAAUAUUAAGGGAAGCAAGGC